AUGCUGUCUCGUGCCGUGAAAAGAGGCUCUCUGAGACGCUUUUACGCUCCUCGUCUCCGGUCGGUCACUCUAAUAUCGCCUUCAACUGUCUCCGCUGCUGCUUCCCAGUCGCUGUAUCACACCCUUUCCGGGACAAAGAUUGCCAAGAGCAUUAGAGAUGAGGCGUUCCAGAAAAUUGAGCAAAUCAAGGCCAAGAUCCCAGCCUUCAACCCUACUUUGAAGAUUUUUCAAGUUGGCGCUAGACCUGAUUCCUCGGCUUAUGUUCGCAUGAAACUGAAGGCUUCCAAAGAGAGCGGUGUUCACUGCGACGUAGAGAAACUACCGGAAAACAUCACCGAAGCAGAGCUGCUGAACAAGAUCGAGGCUGUUAACCAGAACGACGCGAUCCACGGCCUUCUCAUUCAAUUGCCCUUGCCUAAGCAUUUGGACGAAACCAGAAUCACUAAUUCCGCGCUUGCCACCAAAGACGUGGACGGUUUCCACCGCUACAAUGCUGGAGAACUUUCCAAGAAAGGCGGAGAGCCUAUGUUCAUCCCCUGCACUCCUAACGGAUGCAUCAGGCUGCUGAAAGAGGCCGGCGUCAAUAUCAGAGGCAAAAACGCAGUUGUUUUGGGCCGUUCCGACAUCGUCGGUACCCCCGUUUCGUCUUUGCUGAAAAACUUAGACGCUACUGUUACCGUUUGCCACAGUCACACCGCUAACCUGCCCGAAAUUCUCUCGCAGGCUGACAUUGUGGUUGCCGCUUGUGGCAGAGCCAACUACGUCAAAGGAGAAUGGCUUAAGGAAGGCGUUGUUGUCAUUGAUGUCGGUAUCAACUACAUCCCAGACUCGUCCAAAAAAUCCGGUCAGAAGCUUGUGGGUGACGUCGACUACGAAUCUGCCAAGACCAAAGCGUCCUUUAUCACCCCCGUGCCUGGUGGAGUAGGUCCCAUGACUGUUGCCAUGUUGGUCCAAAAUGUACUACUUGCUGCCGAAAGACAACUCGCCGAGUCCAAUAAGAUGCCAGCAAUUUCACCAUUGUCGCUAAAACUUCAGGAUCCAGUUCCUUCGGAUAUUGCCAUCUCUAGGGCCCAAACUCCAAAACCCAUAAGCACAGUGGCUUCCGAACUGGGAAUCCAUACAAGCGAGCUUGAGCUCUUCGGACACUACAAGGCUAAAGUCUCUCCUGCAAUUUUGGAUCGCUUGAAAGAGCGUGAGAAUGGUAAAUAUGUGUUGGUUGCCGGUAUUACGCCUACGCCAUUGGGAGAAGGAAAAUCUACUACAACCAUGGGGAUUGUGCAAGCCCUGACGGCCCACUUAGGCAAACCAUCGGUCGCUAACGUUCGUCAACCCUCCAUGGGCCCUACUUUUGGCGUUAAGGGUGGUGCCGCUGGCGGCGGUUAUGCUCAGGUCAUUCCUAUGGAUGAAUUUAACAUGCACCUGACUGGUGACAUUCAUGCCAUUUCUGCGGCAAACAAUCUUCUGGCUGCUGCCAUCGACACUCGUAUGUUCCACGAGACCACUCAAAAGAAGGAUACUACCUUCUACAAUAGAUUAGUGCCAAAGAAGAAGGGCAAGCGCGUGUUCACUAAAUCCAUGCUAAAGCGCCUCGAGAAACUUGGUAUCACCAAGACAAACCCAGAUGACUUGACCCCCGAAGAGGUGAACAAGUUUGCUCGUCUGGACAUCAACCCCGAUACUAUCACUAUAAAGAGAGUCGUCGACGUCAAUGAUCGUAUGUUGCGUCAAAUUACGAUCGGCCAGGCUACAACCGAGAAAGGUUUCUCCAGAUCUACCGGAUUUGAUAUCACAGUAGCAUCAGAACUUAUGGCCAUCCUUGCCUUAUCUAGGGAUUUGAAGGACAUGAGGCAAAGAGUUGGCCGCAUUGUCGUCGGUGCGAACUCAGAGGGCGAACCCGUAACUGUUGAGGACGUUGGAUGCGCAGGCGCAGUCACUGCGCUCUUGAAGGACGCUAUCAAACCAAACUUGAUGCAAUCCUUGGAAGGUACUCCCGUCAUGGUACAUGCAGGCCCCUUUGCCAAUAUCUCAAUUGGUGCUUCCUCCGUAAUCGCCGAUAGAGUUGCUUUGAAAUUGAUGGGCAAACCAAAGAACAGUGGCCGUGAGGUCGAAAGCGGUUAUGUGGUCACAGAAGCAGGAUUCGACUUCACGAUGGGUGGCGAGCGGUUCUUCAACAUCAAGUGCCGCUCCUCCGGACUGACUCCAAAUGCCGUGGUAUUGGUCGCAACAGUUAGAGCUUUGAAGCUGCAUGGUGGUGCUCCUGAUGUUAAACCAGGCCAAUCUUUGCCUGCAGAGUACACAGAAGAGAAUGUUGAACUUGUUGCCAAGGGAGUCGCAAACUUGUGCAAGCAAAUUUCGAAUGCUAAGCAGUUUGGCGUCCCUGUUGUUGUCGCCAUCAACAAAUUCGAAUCCGACACAGACGCUGAGGUUGAAACGAUAAAAAAAGCUGCCAAAGAAGCCGGUGCAUACGAUGCAGUUGCCACCAACCACUGGGCCGAAGGUGGUCAAGGUGCAAUUGAGCUAGCAGAAGCUGUUGUCAAGGCCAGUGAGCAGCCUGCCGACUUCAAGUUUCUAUAUGACAUUGAUCAAUCCGUGGAGGACAAGCUGACUUCGAUUGUUCAAAAAAUGUACGGUGGUGCCGAAGUCGAAAUCUCACCUUUGGCUCAACAAAAGAUUGACAUGUACAAACAGCAAGGAUUUGGCAAUUUGCCUAUUUGCAUUGCGAAAACGCAGUACUCUCUCUCGCACGACGCCUCAUUGAAGAACGUUCCUACGGGCUUCAAAUUUCCAAUCAGAGACGUGAGGGCGUCAAUUGGUGCUGGCUACUUGUACGCAUUGGCGGCCGAAAUCCAAACCAUCCCAGGACUGUCGACUUACGCAGGCUACAUGAAUGUGGAGGUGGACGAAGAUGGGGAGAUCGAGGGUCUCUUCUGA